AACGCUAAAGACAGCUUUAUAGUACUCGGUUACGGUUCACCCGUGUUAAUAAUGAUAGCUUUUCUACGAUGAAAUUGAAGUUAUGUAAAUCGCUCUAUAGAAUUUAUUAUAGUUAAUUAUUUUAUUAAAUUUUGCAUAAAAACCUUAAUUAUAAAGCUGAAUAAACAAAAACAAUGUGCGAAGAGAUCCUCCUUCGAAGAUAUGAUGACACACCUUGGGGAUUCCGAUUGACGGGAGGACAUGAUUUUGGUAUCCCUUUGACAGUAGUACGAGUGACAGGGGGAAGUUUGGCCGAGGAGGCAGGCAUGUGUGUUGGAGACAUGAUAAUAGAAAUAAAUAACGAUCCUACUGCUCAAAUUACUCACAGUGAAGCUCAACAGUGUAUUCUAGAAGCAGGAAACACAAUUAAUUUUGCAGUUCUUCGAGGUAGUCCUGUUCCAGCUAUAACACCAACUAGAGGACUAUAUACACCAUCAGUUAUCGAUCGUGCAACAUCAUCUGUGGGAAGCAUUAUUGAACAUGAAUCAAUACAGAGUUCUGUUAAUAACCAAAACUCCAGAGAAAAUGUAGAAUCAGCGGGAUUAUGCGAACAUGAGAUGACCGAAGAAGAAAUAGCAGAAAAACUAUUGGAAAACGCUGAAAUAAUAGAAAAUAAUGGAAAAAACGUAAUUGGAGUUAAUUUUAAACGUUUUGUGCCGAAAUGUGAUUUUAUCAAGAAUUCUCUGGUAUUUCAAACACUACAAGAGGAACAAAUAUUUGACCAAAAAUCAGAACAAGAACAAUUAAAAAAAUGCCCAACAAAAAGAUUUUCAACUUUUCUAACACCUCCAAACCGACCGAAAAUUAAACCUCCAGAAAAAAAGAAAUUGGAAGAAACAAAAAAAUCUGAGGCUAUUGAAGUAAUAAAAAAUUCAACUAAUGAAGAAUCGUCUUCGUCAUGUGAAAGAGUAUGUAUUAAUUGCAAAUGCAAGUUGGUCGAUAUAGAAGAUAUUACUUUAGCAAAUAAUGAAACAAAACAAGAAAAUAAUAGUGAUGAAACCAUUAUUCAAUCUAAAGAAAACACUGAAGAAAUAAAUAAAAGUGAUGAAAAUGAAAAAGAUACUAGUGAAAAAGAUUAUGAAGAUAUUGUUCAAGAUAACUAUGAUAAUAAUCAAGAGUUUGUAGAAGGUUUAGAAGACACAUCAUUAAAGUCUGAAAUUGUAGAAAAUGUAUGCAGUGAACCUGAAAAUAAUUUUGAAAAAAGCUUAAAAAAUAUACAAGAUCAAUUGGAUGUAAUUCGUCAAUUGCCAUUGCAAAUUCAAAAUCAUAUAAAUUUAUUAGAGAAACAAUUAUCAGAUUUGUUGUCAAAAAAAGUUACCACAAAUGAUCUGUCCAGAAAUAACAUUGAGAUAUCUGAUGAAUUAGAUAGUAGACCUAGAAAAAGUAGUUGGGUUGAAGUAGAUGAAAACUGUCAAGAAGAAGCAUUUGUAGAUGAUGAGGAUUUAUUAGUAGAGAAUCCAAAAGAUGAAGAUUUAGAAUUUUCAGAAACAAGCGAAGGAAGCAAAGAAGAAACCGAAGAGUAUUUGAACAACAAAAUAGGGCAAGAUUAUGAUGACAAUGAAACAACAAUUAAUAAACCAAUAUACCCAUUAACUCCUUUACCUAGACCUAUUGUAUUACCAGGUGGUCGAAAAUGGAGAUGUCCUAAAGAUGCUUAUAAUGAGGAAUUCAUUGCAGAGACUUUAAUAUCACAGGCAGAAGUUUUAGUUGGAUCCACAUUAGGAGUUAACUUUAGAAAGUAUGAACCACCAAAAUUUGAUGUGUCUAAUUCUGCAGUGUACAAAUUAGUUCACAAUAUCGAAACUAAAACUGGUGGAGGAAUUGAAAAUCGACCAGAAAAAGUGGAAGCUGAAGAAGAUUUUUAUUAUCAUAAGCCGAUUGAUGCUCGACAAUUUUACUUGGCCACACUUCCUCAACCACCAAUAGUGACAAAUUUUGAAAACAACAGUCAACAUAGCCAUUAAAUAUUUGGAAAAUAACUAAACUAACAUAAAUCAAACAAAUUAUAUUAUAAAAGUGAAAUAUAGUACAAGUAAUUUAUGUAGGAGUUUCUUUAGAAAAAAAAUUAAUAUUUAAAAACAUCUUAUAAAACAUUAAAAUAUAGAUUUAACAAAUUAAUAGUACAAAUAAUAAAAAUAUAGUUUUUACAAAGAUUUA